AGGACAGCACUGAGUUCUGCAGCCCAAGGGCCCCAGUUCCUGGGAGACGGAAGUGUUGGAAGUGGAGCCCAGCAGCCUCUGAGGUCUCCAAGAGGGUCUGCUCCCUGUCUCUCCGAGGAUGGGUCUCCAGGGGACAUUCUGCUUCCCCCUGGGGCUCCUCAUUGGAUCUGUGCUUUUGGUGGCAUCAGCCCCAGCCACUCUCGAACCUCACGGCUGCAGCGACAAGGAGCAACAGGUCACCGUCAGCCAUACCUACAAGAUUGACGUGCCCAAGUCUGCACUGGUCCAGGUGGAGACUGACCCUCAGCCCCUCAGCGAUGAUGGGGCCUCACUCCUGGCACCGGGGGAGGCUGAGGAACAGAACAUCAUCUUCAGGCACAACAUCCGCCUGCAGACGCCACAGAAGGACUGUGAGCUGGCAGGCAGCGUCCAAGGCCUCCUGGCCCGGGUGAUGAAGUUGGAGGAGGAGAUGGCAGAGAUGAGGGAGAAGUGCAAUGUCCACCGCUGUUGCCAAGGCGCUGCUGGUGGGAGCCACGACUGCAGCGGCCACGGGACCUUCUCCCCCGACACCUGCACCUGCCGUUGCGAGCAGGGCUGGGAGGGCGCGGCGUGCGAACGGCCCGCCUGCCCUGGGGCGUGCAGCGGUCAUGGGCACUGCGCCGCCGGCCGCUGCGAGUGCGAGCCGCCGUACGUGGGCGCCGACUGCGCCUACCCCGCCUGCCCCGACGACUGCAGUGGCCACGGCACGUGCGUGCGCGGCGUCUGCCAGUGCCACGACGACUUCACCGCCGAGGACUGCAGCGAGCGCCGCUGCCCCGGCGACUGCAGCGGCCACGGCUUCUGCGACACGGGCGAGUGUUACUGCGAGGAGGGCUUCAGAGGCCUCGACUGCGCCCAGGUGGUGGCUCCCCAGGGCCUGCAGCUGCUCAGGAGCACAGAGGAUUCCCUGCUGGUGAGCUGGGAGCCCUCCAGCGAGGUGGACCACUACCUCCUCAGCUACUACCCUCUGGGGCAGGAGCUCUCUGGGAAGCAGAUCCAAGUGCCCAAGGAGCAGCAUACCUACGAGAUCACUGGUUUGCAGCCUGGAACCAAGUACAUAGUUACCCUGCGCAAUGUGAAGAAAGAAGUUUCCAGCAGCCCACAGCAUCUGCUUGCCACAACAGAUCUUGCCGCGCUUGGUACUGCGUGGGUGACGGAUGAGACAGAGAACUCGCUUGAUGUGGAGUGGGAGAACCCCCCAACCGAGGUGGACUACUACAAGCUGCAGUACGGCCCCCUCACAGGGCAGGAGGUGGCCGAGGUCACUGUGCCCAAGAGCAGUGACCCCAAGAGUCGCUAUGACAUCACCGGUCUGCAGCCCGGGACAGAAUACAAGAUCACCGUUGUUCCCAUGAAAGGAGAACUGGAGGGCAAGCCAAUUCUCCUGAAUGGCAGGACAGAAAUUGAUAGCCCAACCAAUGUGGUCACUGAUCGGGUGACAGAAGACACAGCGGUGGUCUCCUGGGUCCCCGUCCAGGCUGUCAUAGAUAAGUACGUGGUACGCUACACCUCUGCCGAUGGGGACAUGAAGGACACGGCCAUCCCGAGGGAGCAGAGCAGCACCAUUCUGACAGGCCUGAAGCCAGGAGAGGCGUACAAAGUCUACGUGUGGGCUGAGAGAGGCAACCAGGAGAGCAAGAAGGCUGACACCAAUGCCCUCACAGAAAUUGACAGCCCCACAAAUCUGGCCACCGACCGGGUGACAGAGGACACAGCCACCAUCUCCUGGGACCCAGUGCGAGCCGUCAUCGACAAGUAUAUGGUGCGCUACACCUCGGCCGAUGGCGACACCCGGGAGGUGUCCGUGGGGAAGGAGCAGAGCAGCACCGUCCUGACAGGCCUGAGGCCGGGUGUGGAGUACAUGGUCCAGGUGUGGGCCCAGAAGGGGGACCGGGAGAGCAAGAAGGCCGACACCAAGGCCCCAACAGAAAUUGACAGCCCCCAAAACCUGGUGACCGACCGGGUGACAGAGGACACAGCCACCAUCUCCUGGGACCCAGUGCGAGCCGUCAUCGACAAGUAUAUGGUGCGCUACACCUCGGCCGAUGGCGACACCCGGGAGGUGUCCGUGGGGAAGGAGCAGAGCAGCACCGUCCUGACAGGCCUGAGGCCGGGUGUGGAGUACAUGGUCCAGGUGUGGGCCCAGAAGGGGGACCGGGAGAGCAAGAAGGCCGACACCAAGGCCCCAACAGAAAUUGACAGCCCCCAAAACCUGGUGACCGACCGGGUGACAGAGGACACAGCCACUAUCUCCUGGGACCCAGUGCGAGCCGUCAUCGACAAGUAUAUGGUGCGCUACACCUCGGCCGAUGGCGACACCCGGGAGGUGUCCGUGGGGAAGGAGCAGAGCAGCACCGUCCUGACAGGCCUGAGGCCGGGUGUGGAGUACAUGGUCCAGGUGUGGGCCCAGAAGGGGGACCAGGAGAGCAAAAAGGCUGACACCAAGGCCCCCACAGACAUUGACAGCCCAACAAACCUGGUAACUGACCGGGUGACAGAGAACACAGCCACCAUUUCCUGGGACCUGGUGCAGGCUGUCAUCGACAAGUAUAUGGUGCGCUACACCUCGGCUGAUGGAGACAGCAGGGAGGUGUCUGUGGGGAAGGAGCAGAGCAGCACCGUCCUGAUGGGCCUGAGGCCGGGUGUGGAGUACAUGGUCCAGGUGUGGGCUCAGAAGGGGGCUCAGGAGAGCAAGAAGGCUGACACCAAGGCCCUAACAGACAUUGACAGCCCAACAAACCUGGUGACUGACUGGGUGACAGAGGACACAGCCACUAUCUCCUGGGACCCAGUGCAAGCCAUCAUUGACAAGUAUAUGGUGCGCUACAUCUCGGCUGAUGGCGACACCCGGGAGGUGUCAGUGGGGAAGGAGCAGAGCAGCACCGUCCUGACAGGCCUGAGGCCGGGUGUGGAGUACAUGGUCCAGGUGUGGGCCCAGAAGGGGGACCGGGAGAGCAAGAAGGCCGACACCAAGGCCCCAACAGAAAUUGACAGCCCCCAAAACCUGGUGACCGACCGGGUGACAGAGGACACAGCCACCAUCUCCUGGGACCCAGUGCGAGCCGUCAUCGACAAGUAUAUGGUGCGCUACACCUCGGCCGAUGGCGACACCCGGGAGGUGUCCGUGGGGAAGGAGCAGAGCAGCACCGUCCUGACAGGCCUGAGGCCGGGUGUGGAGUACAAGGUCCAGGUGUGGGCCCAGAUGGGGGACCGGGAGAGCAAGAAGGCCGACACCAAGGCCCCAACAGACAUUGACAGCCCCAAAAACCUGGUGACCAACAAGGUGACAGAGGACACAGCCACCAUCUCCUGGGACCCAGUGCGAGCCGUCAUUGACAAGUAUAUGGUGCGCUACACCUCGGCUGAUGGCGACACCCGGGAGGUGUCCGUGGGGAAGGAGCAGAGCAGCACCGUCCUGACGGGCCUGAGGCCGGGUGUGGAGUACAUGGUCCAGGUGUGGGCCCAGAAGGGGGACCGGGAGAGCAAGAAGGCCAACGCCACGGCCCUGACAGAAAUUGACAGCCCCCAAAACCUGGUGACAGACCGGGUGACAGAGGACACGGCCACUAUCUCCUGGGACCCAGUGCAAGCCGUCAUCGACAAGUAUAUGGUGCGCUACACCUCGGCCGAUGGCGACACCCGGGAGGUGUCCGUGGGGAAGGAGCAGAGCACCACCGCCCUGACGGGCCUGAGGCCGGGUAUGGAAUACAUGGUCCAGGUGUGGGCCCAGAAGGGGGCCCGGGAGAGCAAGAAGGCCGACACCACGGCCCUGACAGACAUCGACCCUCCCAGAAACCUUCGUCCGUCGGCUGUCACCCAGUCUGGAGGGGUGCUGACCUGGACAGCCCCCUCUGCUCAGAUCGAUGGCUACAUUCUCACCUACCAGUUCCCAGAUGGCACCGUUAAGGAGGUACAGCUGGGAAGAGGGGACAAGAGGCUUGAGUUGCAAGGCCUUGAGCAGGGCAUCACCUACCCUGUCUCCUUGGUUGCCUUUAAGGGUGAUCGACGGAGCAGGAGUGUAUCCACCAGCCUUUCCACAGUUGGUGCACGUUUCCCACAUCCUGCGGACUGCAGUCAAGUUCAGCAGAAUAGCAAUGUCGCCAGUGGUAUGUACACCAUCUACCUGCAUGGAGACUCCAGGCGGCCCCUGCGGGUGUACUGUGACAUGGACACGGACGGAGGCGGCUGGAUCGUCUUCCAGAGGCGCAACACUGGGCAGCUGGAUUUCUUCAAGCGCUGGCGGACCUACGUGGAAGGCUUUGGGGACCCCAUGAAGGAGUUCUGGCUUGGACUCGACAAACUACACAAUCUCACCACUGGCACCCCUACUCGCUACGAGGUGAGAGUGGACCUCCAGACCGCCAAUGAGUCCGCCUACGCCGUGUACGAUGCCUUCCAGGUGGCCUCCAGCAAGGAGCGGUACCGGCUCUCCGUUGGGAAAUACAGAGGCACAGCAGGGGAUGCUCUGACUUACCACAAUGGAUGGAAGUUUACAACUUUCGACAGAGACAAUGAUAUCGCCCUCAGCAACUGUGCCCUGACCCAUCAUGGUGGCUGGUGGUACAAGAACUGCCACUUGGCCAACCCCAAUGGCAGAUACGGGGAGACCAAGCACAGUGAGGGGGUGAACUGGGAGCCAUGGAAAGGACAUGAAUUCUCCAUUCCUUAUGUGGAGUUGAAAAUCCGCCCUCAUGGCUACAGUGGGGAGCAAGUCCUGGGCAGAAAGAAGCGGACACUAGGAGAAAAUUCGAGAACGUUCUGAUGGCCUAUGGGAGCCCUCAUCACACGAGGCAAGACCGGCCUGGGAUUGGGGCUGUGUAGGCUUGGGGCAGGGUGGGUAGGAGUGACUGGUUCAUGGAUGUUCAGGGGAUGCUCCUGGCCUCUGGUUUCUCAGAUGGCUGGAUAACCUUCAGAACAAAACACGUGACCAAGCUUCAGACCAUACAGGUCACUUCCCUGUCACCUGCAUUUUUGCCCUUCUAUACUGGGGGCCUGAAACUCAACCAGUGGUAACAUAUGAGAAAGAAAACACCAGACUGCAAGGUUUUCCAGUCUAUCUUCAGGAACAAAAAUAUGGGAUGAGUGGGGAAAAGGAAAAAAAGAAUCAACUUGCACUUCACCAAUUAGAAAUCUCUGGAAAUUGGUAUAUAUAUAUAUGUAAAGCUCUGCUACUAGAAACCUUUUUCUUGGAGAGAAGCACCAAGGAAGGGUUCUUUUUGAUGGCCAAGGGGCUAAAGUGGCCUGAUGCUUGUUAUCUCCCAUCGCCACUGGGUUUUGAG